UAGUCCAACCUGGAUAAGCAGCAACACAUACAGGACUGCUGGGAAUACGUUUGGAAAUCAGCGAAACCCCGUCGAGCCCAUAAUCACAUGACGUGAGCAUAAAGUCACAUGAGAAGGAAGUGUAGCGUAUUUCUCAAGGGAACUUGCGUGCAGGGUUCAAGAUGGCAUUGAGCCUGGCCGACAGGGCUAUUGGAGCCAUCGUUGGAUCCGCGGUGGCAGACUCUGCUGCCCAACCGCUACACUGGGUGUACGACCUGCAGAAGCUGAAGGUCUUGUUGGCCAAGCAGCCUCACCCUGAGUUCAACCCUGAGUCCGUCAACCCCUUCUACCGCAGAGACACCGGGCAGCAGAGUUGCUAUGGAGACCAGGCCUAUGUCUUGCUGGAGUCCCUGGCCGAAUGUGGAGGACUGAAUGUCGAAGACUUGAAGCAACGGACACUGAAGGCCUUCGGGCCCGGCUCAGAGUACGACACGCCGGUCAACGACCCCUACAAAGUCCCUGGAGGACCGAAACCUCAACUGCCGAUCCAGGGCCCUUGGAGACACGCCAGUUUAAAGGGCUUCCUGAAGAACGUGGACGCAGGCAAACAGGAUACAGGCUGUGAGACGGACGGGCAGAUCGACGGCGUGGCUAAGCUGGCACCCAUAGUGGCGUUCUACGCGGGGAAGCCGGACAUGCUGGAGAAGGUGGAGAGCGCCGUGCGUGUCACCCAGAACAACGACGCCUGCGUGGUGGAGACGCUGGCAGCGGCGAGGAUUUUGGAGCAUUUCAUCCUAAAUGGUUCUGAUCCUAAAGCGCUGGACUGUGUGAUGGACCAGCUCAACGACCCCAACAGAGCUCACCCUCAAGAUGGGGACAAUGACAGCUCUGGCCAUAUUGAUGAGGUGAAGGACUUCAUGUCCAAGUCUCCCCAGGAAGUCAUCCCGGCUAAGUUUCCCAACUCCUGAGGUUUGCCGGGUGCGUUCCAAGCAGCGCUACAUGGGGUCCUGACAGCCAAAGGUUAUGAACAGGCGGUCAGAGAAACCAUGAGCUGCGGAGGAUGCACCUGCAGCCGUAGCUCCUUCAUCGGGGCCUGCCUCGGAGCGCAGAUCGGUCUUGAGGGAAUUCCCUCUUCCUGGAGAAGCAAGACUCUUCGCUACGGUUCUCUGCUGGAGCUCGCUAAGAAAAUCGCUGAGCAACACCAAUAGAAGUAUCACUAGUUAUCAGAAUAUGUAACUUGUGAUCUUCGUGAAACUACUAGAACCUAGAAUUGUUAGAGCUUUUGCAGAACAAUUAAUGAUUAUUCCUGUUUAAACUUUUGCAAGGCAGGAGUCGGAUGUAUUUGUUUCUGUGCAAGUGUGACAAGUCAGUGGGUUCAUUUAUGAAAUAAAAUAAAACUGCUA